AAGAGAAAGUACUAGUCUUCGAGUCAAUGCGCUGCAAACAUGACGAAAGUCUGACAUACCUAAAUUAUUCUACCAUAUUCAUCUGAGGUUCAAUAAUAUGUACAUGAAGUGUAAGGGAAUCAUUCUGUUCAUUGUGUUCGUUUCGAGUUUUCCUAAUUUCACAAACGCUGCCUUCAAACGAUGUUUUGUUUGUCGUUCCCGAGGGGACCUAGGAACCUGUAAAGACAAAUUCACUGUUAAUGGAACAAUAGCAAUAACUGUUAAGGGUGUAACAGCAGUGCCCUGCGCCUCAGGAUGGUGUGGCAAAAUUCUGGAGACUGAGAAUCAAGCUUUAAAAGAAGAAGAAUAUGGAAUAGCAACGCAGAGGCUUUGCCUUCAGAGGGGUCCUUCUGAUAGCGAAGAUAGAUGUGCCUACACAAAAUGGAAUUAUAGGAAUGUACUGAUGUGCUUCUGCAAAGGGGACUUGUGCAAUUCUUCUAGUAAAAUCAAUAUUAAUAAUUAUAUCCUAUUAUUUAUUCUAAUGAUAUCGAUAACUAGACUGAAUUUUAUAUCUUGAGAAAUAAUUGAUUAAGUGUUGUAUGUAUUUGUAUUAUACUUGAAAAAAAAUUUUAGGUGAAAUGAUGACAAGUUUGAAUUUGUCUGGCAGACAAAGA